CUUCCCUACACCACUACACUACAUAGCAGAUAAAACAGCAGCAGAUUGUAGUUGUACCAUAUAAAUAUGUAGUUUUUAGAUUUUCGUCAUCUCAUCUCUGUCUUAAAAGGUUAAACCCCUCCAAAACCUUCCCUUUGAUUUUAUUUCCUCUCUUCACCUCGAUUGUCCAGUAGUACGGCUAUGGCUUGUCUUGACAAGGCCACGCCAUUUGCUCUUUGGCUCCCUGCCUUUCCCAAACUCGGUAAACUCUUCAGCUUGACCACCAUCAACUGCCCUUGCCAUUACGACAAGCGCAAACCCAAUUACAAGUGCAAGCAUUGGCUCCUACCCACCAAGGCCGUCUACACCGGGGGCCUUUCAGCCUCCAAAUUGGGUGGGCGGAGGGAGAAGCUGGAGCCAGAGACCGACCCAAUUUCGAUGCUCAACGAAAGAAUUCGAAGGGACUACGGAAAGCGUGAUGCUUUCUCGAGGCAGGUCAUUGAUUCCAAAGAGGCUGACAAGUAUAUACAGAUGGUGAAGGAGCAGCAGCAAAGGGGUUUGCGGAAGCUGAAGGGGGAGAGGGAAGGGAAAGAAGGCGGGGUUUUCAAUUACAAGGUAGACCCUUAUACACUUCAACGCGGAGAUUAUGUGGUCCAUAAGAAGGUUGGGAUUGGGAGAUUUGUGGGUAUUAAAUUUGAUUUGCGAAAGGAUUCUACAGAGCCAAUUGAAUACGUGUUCAUAGAGUAUGCAGAUGGCAUGGCGAAGCUUCCUGUCAAGCAGGCGUCUCGCAUGCUUUAUAGAUACUAUCUUCCAAAUGAAACAAAAAAGCCUCGGACUUUGAGCAAAUUGGGUGACCCUAGUGCAUGGGAGAGAAGAAAGACGAAAGGGAGAGUUGCGAUCCAGAAAAUGGUUGUUGACUUGAUGGAACUGUAUUUAGAUAGGUUGAAGCAAAGACGCCCUCCCUAUCCAAAGAGUCCUGCCAUGGCUGAAUUUACUGCUCAAUUCCCUUAUGAGCCCACACCCGAUCAGAAACAGGCUUUCCUUGACGUUGAGAAGGAUUUGACAAAGAGAGAAACUCCAAUGGAUCGUUUGAUAUGUGGAGAUGUAGGUUUUGGUAAAACAGAGGUCGCUCUACGUGCUAUUUUUUGUGUAAUUUCUGCAGGAAAGCAAGCCAUGGUAUUAGCACCAACAAUCGUUCUUGCCAAACAACACUUUGAUGUUAUUUGGGAGCGGUUUUCCAAGUAUCCUAACAUCAAGGUUGGACUUCUGAGUCGAUUCCAGACCAGAGCAGAAAAGGAGGAGUACUUAGACAUGAUUAGAGAUGGUCAUCUGGACAUUAUUGUGGGCACUCACUCACUUCUUGGAAAUCGUGUGGUGUAUAACAAUCUAGGCCUUCUUGUCGUUGAUGAGGAGCAGAGAUUUGGUGUCAAACAGAAGGAAAAGAUUGCUUCAUUUAAAACUUCGGUUGAUGUUCUUACUCUCUCCGCAACUCCUAUACCGCGGACGCUUUAUCUAGCAUUGACUGGAUUUCGUGAUGCUAGUUUGAUUGCAACACCACCUCCAGAAAGGGUUCCUAUUAAAACCCAUCUUUCAUCGUACAGCAAAGAAAAAGUGAUAUCAGCCAUAAAUUAUGAGUUGGACCGUGGUGGCCAAGUUUUCUACGUCUUGCCUCGUAUUAAAGGACUUGAAGAAGUUAUGGAUUUUCUUGAGCAGUCAUUUCCAGAUGUUGAGAUAGCUAUUGCACAUGGGAAGCAAUAUUCAAAACAACUAGAGGAAACCAUGGAGAAAUUCGCACGAGGUGAAAUUAAGAUUCUACUGUGCACAAAUAUAGUAGAAAGUGGACUUGACAUUCAAAAUGCGAACACCAUCAUAAUUCAGGAUGUUCAACAUUUUGGCCUUGCACAACUGUAUCAGUUGCGUGGAAGGGUGGGCCGGGCAGAUAAAGAAGCUCAUGCACACUUAUACUACCCUGAUAAGUCACUGCUUUCUGAUCAAGCACUGGAGAGGCUAGCAGCUCUUGAAGAAUGCAAAGAUCUUGGUCAAGGUUUUCAACUUGCCGAGAGAGAUAUGGGUAUAAGAGGCUUUGGUACCAUCUUUGGUGAGCAACAGACAGGGGAUGUUGGAAAUGUUGGAAUUGAUCUCUUCUUUGAAAUGCUUUUUGAGAGCUUGUCCAAGGUUGACGAGCAUUGUGUAGUUUCAGUUCCUUACCACUUGGUUGAGAUUGAUAUGAACAUAAAUCCUCAUCUUCCUUCCGAGUACAUAAAUUACCUGGAGAAUCCCAUUGAAAUUAUUAAUAAAGCUGAGGAAGCUGCAGAGAAAGGUAUCUGGAAUUUGAUGCAAUUUACAGAAAAUCUGCGCCGCCAGUAUGGAAAAGAGCCAUACUCCAUGGAAAUUUUAUUGAAGAAGCUUUAUGUGAGGAGAAUGGCAGCAGAUUUGGGUAUUUCUAGAAUUUACGCUCAAGGAAAGAUGGUUGGUAUGAGAACAACCAUGAGUAAAAGGGUAUUUGAGCUGAUGACUGAUUCAAUGACAUCUGAUAUUCACCGGAACUCUCUGGUCUUUGAAAAGGAUCAAAUAAAGGCAGAACUUCUUCUGGAGCUACCAAGAGAACAACUACUAAAUUGGAUCUUUCAAUGCUUCGCUGAACUUCAUGCUUCUCUACCAGCCCUUAUAAAGUAUUAGUCUCUAUGCUGCAGAAUCAGCCUGUCAUCUCUAAUUCUCAUAUUCUGGGCACUUAGAAGUGGACGGAGGUCAUAAUCAUCAUGAGCAAAAUUCUUUUGAUGUUUAGGAAAGCGAUUUGCCAUCAUGUAGAUGAUAUGAUUUCCAUAUUGAAAGGAAGAGGCACUACCUAUGAGUACAUAUACUCUUCAGCAUCUGAUCUGAACCAUGCCAGUGUAGUUAUCAAGGAUAUAUGAGACCGCAAUUGCCUUGCCAAAUCCAGUUUUACUUGUUAAUUUUCUUUGCACUAAGAUCAUGUAUUGGCAGCUGACAUGUCUAAAUACCAAUGUGCUCAUACUCAUAGAAGAAAACACCCAUCUGUCGCACAGCUUGACGGAGAAGUGUUGCUGAUUCACUGGGCUAGCUUUGGCGACAGAUUUUGGGUUCAUAGAAUUCCAUUUAUAAUUAAGAAGAACAGGGUAGAACGAAAGUCUGUAAUAGAGCAUCAAACAGGUGUUUCAUUUAGGAUAUAUAUAUAAAUAUUCUUAUUAUUAUAGUAGUUCUUUGGACACAAUUUUAUAAACUGAUGAAUGGAGAAUAGGCUAUACGGGGAAAGAACAAAUGCCCGUUUGUC